CGCCGCCCCGCCCCGUGACGUCACUACGCAGGCGCCGUCGCCGCCGCCGCGGUCGCACGAGUCUUUCCUUAGUAACCUGGGCGGUAGCUGUGGAUGUUCCUAAGGAUUGUCUUCAGUCAUGGCCUUGGGAUUAAAGUGCUUCCGCAUGGUCCACCCUACCUUUCGCAAUUACCUUGCAGCCUUGACCAGACCUGUUUCAGAAGUUACACUGAAGACAGUGAGUGAAAGACAACACGACCACAGGCAAUAUACAGGCUUUUCAGCUGUCUCAAUCCGCCAUUUUGCUACCAAGAAAGCCAAAGCCAAGGGGAAAGGACAGUCCCAAGCCAGAGUGAAUAUUAACACUGCCUUGGUUGAGGAUAUAAUCAACUUGGAUGAAGUAGAUGAAGAAAUGAAGUCUGUAACAGAAGUACUCAAGGAUAAUUUCAAUAAGACUCUCAAUAUAAGGACCUCACCAGGAUCUCUUGAUCAUAUUGCUGUGGUAACUGCUGAUGGGAAGCUUGCUUUAAACCAGAUAAGCCAGAUCUCCAUGAAGUCACCACAGCUGAUUUUGGUGAAUAUGGCCAGCUUCCCAGAGUGUACAGCUGCAGCUAUCAAGGCUAUAAGAGAAAGUGGAAUGAAUCUGAACCCAGAAUUGGAAGGGACUCUAAUUCGCGUACCCAUUCCCAAAGUAACCAGGGAGCACCGGGAAAUGCUGGUGAAACUGGCCAAACAGCACACCAACAAGGCCAAAGACUCUUUACGGAAGGUUCGUACCAAUGCGAUGAAUAAGCUGAAGAAGUCAAAGGACAAGACCUCAGAGGAUACCAUUAGGCUCAUAGAGAAACAGAUCAGCCAAAUGGCCGAUGACACAGUUGCAGAGCUGGACAGGCAUCUGGCAGUGAAGACCAAAGAACUCCUUGGCUGAGAGCCCAUCAGGGGCCAGCAACACUCCAGAGUGUGGAGUGGAUCCCAUGGUGGGCAAAUUGGCCCCCCCCAACCCCCAUCCACACGGAAGGCUGUCACCAUGCUAUCAGUCCUUGUGAGGCCCAGCCUUCAGUGGAACACUCAGACUUGUUCAUUCUCGUCCUCCUACCCCUUGCCCACCCCAUUCUCUUCUGGGCCUUUGGCGUGGAAAGCCCUCAGAGAAUAUCUACGGCCGGCAGAGGGCCUUUACUUGGGCAUUUGCCUUGACUGUGAUGUCACCAAGGGACUGGGACUGGGACCAUUAGCAGGCUUAGUACUGCCUGCUCCUCAUCUCAGGAGCCUCCUUUUCAUUUAGGCCCUGUCCCCAAUCUUGAACUCUGCUUGAACUGAUGUGGGCCUUCAGCUGCGACUGGACAUCUUUGCCAGAGGCCCAUUUUCACAAAUCUAAAUAAAUUGGAAAGAAUACUAGCCACAAAAGAAAGGACAGAAUUGGUCUGGAUUGAUCUCUAAAGACCUGCAUAUGAAGCAACCAGAACAGUACUUUCGCUUCAGGGUCACUUUCACGCAUGUGCUUUUCUCUGCCUGGCCCACUCUUCCACUCCUCACCUGUUCACCUUCAGGUUUCAGCUUGGAUAUUAUGUCCUUUGGGAGCUGUUCCUUUCCCACCUCACCUAGGACCCCUGAUAUGGUGCUCUCAUAGCACAGUCUACUGCUUUUAUCUGAACCCUAAGUAUUCCUUCUGCUAAUUAGUCUGUUUAUCCUCAGAACUUACCAUAAUUCCUGGAGCAUAGUAGGCAUUCUUAUGUUUGUGCUGUGAAUAAAUUUCACACAGUAGCUACCCAGCAAAUGCUGGCUUUUCUUUUCUUUCUGGUCUUAACACCAUCUUUCUGUCAUUUUCCACACUUGCUCUUGUCCUCAACAAUUACCUGGUAAUGAAAUACCAUUCAUUGCUUGACAGACAAGUUUGUCGUGGCUCAUCUUUGGGUACUGGGUUAAAUGAGUUCUUUUUUCCCUCUAAUUAUUUUUCAUUCAUUCAUUCAUUCAUUCAUUCAUUCAUUCAUUCAUUCAUAAUAUCGACAUCAUAAGUUAGAUAUAGUUCUAGGCAUUAUUUGUAGUCUUCAUAGUGAACUUGAAGGAUAUGUAUUAUCUCCAUUUUACAAAUAUGAAAACUAAGACUUGACAGUAUUAGGCAACUUGCCCACAAUGACAAAUCUGCCAAGUGGUAGAGGGUUUUCAUUUUUCGUGGUCGGUGUCAUUUACAGAGAGGUGAGGUUUCUUGCCCAAAGUUACACAGCAAGCAAGUGGCAGAGCUGGGAUUCAGAUUGAUUCUAAAGCCUGUGCUCUGCCCACUAGUGUAAAAGGAAAAAAAAAAUUUUUUUCCCCUACGUCACACUCAACAUGGAACACCAAGCAGUUCUCCAGCAGACACCAACUGGGUGGCCUAUAAUUAAAUUCAGUUCUGACACUGUCUACCUGGAGAAUAGUGUCACAUCCCACGGGUUGAGGGCUCAGCCCCACAGACUACCUCCACUUUCAAUGCCAGUCAUGAGUUCGGACUGCCCAUACUUCUGACCAACCAGCUAAAACCCAAGGUUCCUGGCACCCCUCCUUGGGUUUGAGCUAGGACAGCUCACAGAACUCAGGGAAACACAUAGGAUACAGAUGAUGAAGAGGUACAUAGGGCAAGGUAUGGGGAAGGAGCACAGAGCUUCCGUGCCUUCUCUGGGCUCACCUCUUUCCCAGCACCUCCACAUGUUCAGCAGCCUAGAAGGAACCCCUGCAUCCUGCUGCCUUUCCUAGCAUUUAGUGAACACCAGCUGUUAGGUACUAUACUGUGUGCUGGGAACACAAAAAUGGGUAAGACAUGACCCCUGUUUGAGGGUGUAUAGUGCACUGAACUAAAUUGCCAUCGCUAUAGUGUCUUGGGUGGAAAGGUAGGAAGUUCAUUUCAGUUCUGCCAGGUAUUCAGAAUGGAGCCCGCUUUGGUGGCACCAGGGCCUUGCUGAGUUCUGUUGAAGCAGCAUCUAGCUUCUCUUUGCUGUUUGGCUUUCCCCAGACAGUUAAUAAGGGUUGCACUCCUCCCUCUGCUUAUCCUGAUGGAAUGUGCUGUGAAAUAGCUGUGAGGAUUCAACAUCAGAAUUAGGUCAAAGAUGAAAGAAACUAGCACAAUCUCCUGCCCGGCUUACCUGUCUUCAGACCUCAUUCGCCAGCCCUUAGUGGCCAUCACAUGGUUGGAACUCAGCUGGGGGGAGAACAGGUAUAGAAAUAGCAAUUAAGGAGCCUCUUUUGAGGUAAGCCACAUGAAGGGGCUUUGCAACAAUCCUUUAUGACUGGCCGAAUAUCCCCCACUCACUGCAAAUGUGCUUCUCAAAGAUGCAGGAUUUUUUAAUAAACAGAGGAAAUGAUAAAUUAUGUUGUAACUCCACUCCAAAGGCAUUUGGUUCUUAACAGUCAAAUCCUCUGUAGUCUUUAAAUAAACAAAAACUUAUUUGGUGAACAGACGAGGGGAAAAUGAAAGAUUUUCUAUACUUGGUUUCCACAUGUCAACAAUUUCUCUCCUGUGUGUUUGUUGGCCAAAGCUGUAUCUCAUGAUAAAUGAAUAAAGGAAACCUCGAGCCCAGGGCAGUCAGACAGCUCA